AUGAGUGAAGAAAGUUCGAUUAGUGGAGAUAAUUUGCUUACAGCUUUGUUUUCGGGCACCACAGCAGCCGCAAUUUCUUCAACGUUGACUUAUCCAUUAGACUGUAUUAAAACCCAGCAGCAGCUUAAUGAUGUAGGGAGAAUGCACAAAUUUAAUAUUCCAGGUAACUAUCCUAGUACAAUUGCACAACUAUUUAAGGGAGGAAGUGCAUUGGUUAUUGGUACGGUAAUGAAGAAUUCAGCAAGACUAGUUCUGUAUAAUUGGCUGACUAAAUUUAUGACCCUGGAUGGUUCUGAUGGUCACAAGAAGAUUAGCGCUCCAAGAAUUGUGAUUGCCGGUGUUAUGAGUGGAUUCCUUGAAACCUUGUGGAUAAUUCCAUUUGAAAACAUUAAGAUCACAAUGAUUCAGAAUAUGACAUUACAUAAUGAGAUUGUAAGAGCGGCAGAGCAUGGAAUCAAGUAUGAUGUUACUGGGACCACGGUGUUGAACAAACACCAUAAGCCAAUUGCCAAUGUAUUUAGUAAACAAUACGUUUCUCCUCAUGCAUAUUUCACAGCAGAUAUACUAUCACACUAUAAAGGGAAUAAUAAACCGACCAGCAGGUUCCAGGUUGCUUCAAAACACCAAGGUAGUAAAGAAAUCUUAAAAGCUAAAUACAAUAAGCAUCCCACCAUGACCUUUCUUGGGACUAUUCGUGAAAUUUAUUCCCUUAAAGGUCUAAGGGGUUUCCUGUCUGGUACUUGCAUAACUAUGGUCCGGCAAGUUGCUAUUUCGACUGUAUGGUUGUCAACUUAUAAUGCCACAAGACAGUUACUUGAUCCACAUAGCAAUAGUAAUGAACAAAGUUGGUUUGGGCAUAAACAUACCGCUAUCCAACUGAUCGGAUUGCACUUAUUAUCUUCUGUGGCUGUCGUUGCAGCAACCGAACCUUUGGAUGUAAUCAAGAGUCACUUGCAGCUGAAAAACGGUAAACUGGUUUACAAGGAUUCCUUAUCAACUGCAUACAGAUUAUUUAUGGAACAAGGAUAUAGAUCAUUAUGGAAAGGUGCCUUACCUAGAGGUAUUAAAAUUGCUGUGAAUGGUGGAUUGACUGCAUCUAUUUAUACCUAUGUUGAUCAACUUGCCGGUGUUGCAGGAGGACAAACUGUAUUUGCUGAAUGA